AUUUAAUAUUUUUCUGAUGAGCAGUAGUCAGCAGCUUGGUAGACUCAUUGGUCUUAUUGGCACACUUUUUCUCGCUCAUGCUGCCUACUCUACCUAUGAGCAUCUCGCCUAUCUUAAGGCAGUAGAUCAAGCCUCCAUUGACAUUCCAAUUGAAAUUAUCGUUGAAUGCCUGGUCUCAGCUAUUGUCACACUCAUUGGUGUCUUAUUAUCUGCCGAUUCUUUCAAGAACAUUUUGAUGGAAGCCGAGAUUGCCAAGCAAACUAUUGAUAAAAUUGACACACGACCAUCGUUUAUUACAUUCAACCACCGGAAAGUUGUCUCGACUCAUUCUCAGUUGGAUAGAAAAUUUUAAUACUCUAAAUAUUAUUAUUUAUAAAGACAGUAUAGAUUAUGUUCUUAUUUAUUGAGAGGAGAAGCAUAAAGAAGAAGAAUAACAAUGAUGGGGCUGAAGCAGAGUAAACCGUCGAAACCGUGUUAAUUAUUUGUUAUUCACUUCAAAAAUAAAAUAUUGUAAACUUGAUGAUUUACGAGUCU